GAAAAACUUUUCGCUGUGUGUUUGUACAGCGGAACGGAGACAGAGUGAAGAACGGAGACGGACUGAAGCAGCUUUUUCUCUCCAAAAGCGUCUGGAAGAAGAUGUGAAGAGAGUUGAUCAGAGUCAAACAUCUCGCCUGCAUUAAAGCAUGUCAGCACCCCAUCGUGGACUUUCCAGGGAACAGAGUGAAGUUUUGUGAAUUAAAUCAGACUCUUCACAAGGACAAAGAUGAGUUCAACUCGAGAAAUCCUCUUGGGAAUACUGGAGGAUUUGGGACGUGAAGACUUUGAAAGGUUCAAGUGGUAUUUGGGGCUUGAUGAGGUUCUUGAAGGGUUCAAACCAAUCCCAAGGAGUAAACUUGAGAGCUCGGGUAGAAUUGACAUGGUGGAUACGAUGGUCCAAGCCUACAGCAGCCAUGCUCUUGAAGUCACGAAGAUGGUUUUAGAGAGAAUGCGUAUGACCCACAUAUGGGAGGAACACGCCAGAAACAUCUUUGAACCUGAAGGGCAAAAAAGUCCUGAAGAGGAUCUGUUGUCAGCAGAAUCUAAGAGCUGUCAAAUAAACCUCAAGGCCAACCUGAAAACAAAGUUCGAGAAUGUGUUUGAGGGGAUCCCUAAACAAGGACAGUCCACUGAGCUGAACCAGAUCUACACAGAGCUCUACAUCACAGUGGGUGGGACUGCAGGGGUCAAUCAGGAACAUGAAGUCAUACAGAUUGAAAAUGCAUCAAGGGAACCAGACACAGAGGAAACAAUUACCACACUAGACAACAUCUUUAAAGACUCACCUGGAAGGUCUAAACCAAUCAGAAGAGUGCUGACAAAGGGAGUAGCUGGCAUUGGGAAAACAGUCCUGACACAGAAGUUCACUCUGGACUGGGCCGAAGACAAAGCCAACAAGGACGUCCACUUCAUAUUUCCAUUCCCCUGUAGAGAGCUGAAUGUGCUGAAGGAGGACAAGUUCAGCUUGGUGGGACUUGUUCAUCGCUUCUUCAAUGAAACUGAAGAAGCAGGAAUCUGCAGCUUUGAAGAAUUCCAGGUGGUCUUCAUCUUUGAUGGUCUGGAUGAGUGUCGAUUCCCUCUGGACUUCCACCAGACUAAAUUCCUGAAUAAAGUUACAGAGCCCACCUCAGUGGAUGUUCUGCUGAUAAACCUCAUCAGGGGGAAACUGCUUCCCUCUGCUCGCCUCUGGAUCACCACACGACCUGCAGCAGCCAAUCAGAUUCCUGUUGACUGUGUGGACAGGGUGACAGAGGUCCGAGGGUUUAACGACUUACAGAAGGAGAAGUACUUCAGGAGAAGGUUCAGAGACAAGGAGCAGGCCAGCAGGAUCAUCUCCCACAUCAAGAAAUCCCGAAGCCUCCACAUCAUGUGCCACAUCCCGGUCUUCUGCUGGAUCACUGCUACAGUUCUGGAGAAGGUGUUGAAGAGCAGAGAGGGAGGAGAGCUGCCCAAGACCCUGACUCAGAUGUACAUCCACCACCUGGUGGUCCAGGCCAAAGUCAAGAAGGUGAAGUAUGAUGGCGGAGCUGCCACAGAUCCACACUGGAGUCCAGAGAGCAGGGAGAUGAUAGAGUCUCUGGGAAAACUGGCUUUUGAUCAGCUGCAGAAAGAAAACCUGAUCUUCUAUGAACCCGACCUUACAGAUUGUGGCAUCGACCUCAAAGCAGCCUCAAUGUACUCAGGAAUGUUCACACAGAUCUUGAAAGAGGAAAGCUGCCUGUACCAGGACAUUGUGUUCUGCUUCAUCCAUCUGACCUUUCAAGAGUUUCUGGCUGCUCUUCAUGUCCAUCAGACCUUCAUCAAGUCAGGACUGAACCCCCUGGAUGGAAAACAGGAAACAUCCAGGAUGUCCAAAGGGAUGAAGACAACACCGAAUCUCCACCAUCUCCAUCAGAGAGCUGUGGACGAGGCCUUGAAGAGUCCAAAUGGACACCUGGACUUGUUCCUCCGCUUCCUCCUGGGUCUUUCACUGCAGACCAAUCAGAGUCUCCUUCGAGGUCUGCUGACACAGACAGGAAGUAGCUCACAGACUAAUCAGGAAACAGUCCAGUACAUCAAGAAGAAGCUGAGUGAGAGUAAGAGUCAGUCUGUAGAGAGAAGCAUCAAUCUGUUCCAUUGUCUGAAUGAACUGAAUUAUGGUUCUCUGGUGGACGAGAUCCAACAGUCCCUGAGGUCAGGAAGUCUGUCCACAGACAGACUGUCUCCUGCUCAGUGGUCAGCUCUGGUCUUCAUCUUACUGUCAUCAGAAGAAGAUCUGAAGGAGUUUGACCUGAAGAAGUACUCUGCUUCAGAGGAGGCUCUUCUGAACCUGCUGCCAGUGGUCAAAGCCUCCAACAAAGCUCUGUUGAGCAGCUGUGGUCUGUCAGAGAGAAGCUGUGGAGCUCUGGCCUCAGUUCUCAGCUCUCAGUCCUCCAGUCUGACACAUCUGGACCUGAGUAACAACAACCUGCAGGAUUCCGGAGUGAAGCUGAUUUCUGCUGGACUGAAGAGUCCUCACUGUAAACUGGAAGCUCUCAGUCUGUCAGGGUGUCUGGUCUCAGAGGAAGGCUGUGCUUCUCUGGUCUCAGCUGUGAGAUCCAAGUCCUCCCAUCUGACAGAGCUGGACCUGAGCUACAACCAUCCAGGAGACUCCGGAGUCAAACUACUGUCUGCUGCUGUGGAGGAUCCACACUGCAAACUGGAGACUCUCAGGUAG